UCAAACCCCCAAGAUGGCGGCAGCGUCGGAGGAGCGGAUGGCUGAGGAAGGAGGCGGCGGCCACGGCGACAGCGGCUCCUCUUCGGCCAUCGGCUCUACCCAACGACUGCCCCCACCGCCCCCGCCCCAGGCCCCGCAGCCGGGGUCCCAGGCGCCCCCAGGCUCGGCGCUGGCUCCGGACCAGCUGCCUCAAAACAACACGCUGGUGGCGCUGCCCAUCGUAGCCAUCGAGAACAUCCUCAGCUUUAUGUCCUACGACGAAAUUAGCCAGCUACGUCUGGUUUGUAAAAGAAUGGACUUGGUCUGCCAGAGAAUGUUAAAUCAGGGAUUUCUAAAAGUGGAGAGGUACCAUAAUCUAUGUCAGAAACAAGUUAAAGCACAACUUCCAAGGAGAGAGUCGGAAAGGAGAAACCAUUCACUAGCUCGUCAUGCAGACAUCCUUGCUGCAGUUGAAACAAGGCUAUCACUACUAAACAUGACUUUCAUGAAGUAUGUGGAUUCCAACCUCUGUUGCUUUAUCCCAGGAAAGGUUAUUGAUGAGAUUUAUCGUGUGUUGAGAUAUGUGAAUUCUACCAGAGCCCCUCAACGAGCUCAUGAAGUACUUCAAGAAUUAAGGGAUAUUUCCUCCAUGGCAAUGGAAUACUUUGAUGAAAAGAUUGUUCCAAUUCUAAAGAGGAAAUUACCAGGAUCAGAUGUAUCUGGAAGACUCAUGGGCUCUCCUCCAGUUCCAGGACCUUCUGCAGCCCUAACAACAAUGCAGCUUUUCUCCAAGCAAAACCCUUCGAGACAAGAGGUUACCAAACUUCAGCAGCAGGUUAAGACCAAUGGUGCUGGUGUGACUGUUCUCAGGCGUGAAAUUUCUGAGCUUCGCACCAAAGUGCAAGAACAGCAGAAACAGCUUCAAGACCAAGACCAGAAACUGCUAGAGCAAACCCAGAUCAUAGGUGAACAGAACGCGCGGUUGGCAGAGCUGGAGCGCAAACUGCGAGAAGUCAUGGAAAGUGCAGUGGGAAACUCCUCAGGGUCCGGGCAGAAUGAAGAGUCUCCUCAGAAACGAAAAAAGGCUGCAGAAGCCAUAGACUCGCUUAGGAAAUCUAAACGCCUCCGGAAUAGAAAGUAAAUCGAAGUGUGGUUCUAGCUGCAGAGGAAGACACUGGCUUAGCAGCUUAAGCAAUUAUGCGUAUCAGGAUACUGUGAGCAGCAUAGUGUCUCUUAGGCUUCUAGGCUUUCAGAACACAACUUAAACUUGAACUGUCAUGAUUGGGACAUUCUUUUCCCGCUUCUCCUGGUUGAACUGAUGCACAGAAUCUUUUUACUUUGCAAUAGAUUUGUACUAACCAGACCUGUUCUAUCAUGUUUAAGGAGUUAACUUUUUUUCUGUGCAGAUAAUGUUUAAAGUAAGUUUAUUUGUUUCUGCGUAUAUGCACAUUACAUAAGGAUCUAAAACGAACCAAUCUUGAUAGACUAGAAGUUAAGUUUAAUACAGAAAAUGUCCUGUUCACUUGAAAGAAAAGAUCUACUUUUUCAAUGGACAAUAUCUUGUUUAAAAAAAGUUGACUUUUUGUUAUAAGUGACCUUUGUCUGGAAUGUCUGAAAAGUAGUAAAUGCUUUUUGGUAUUGAAAUAAUGGGUAACUAAAAAUGGACUUCCAUAGUAUUGACUGUAGAAGGGGCCUCUACAGUAUUGACUAUAUAUUUUUAUAAAUUGCUGGCAAGGGAUUUAUCCAGUUGUUACAUAUGUUUUCAGUUCUCUUUGGGGGCCAUGUCCUACAUUUGCAUGGAUGGAUGCAUGCAUUGCCUAGUCAGCUCACUUAAAAAGCUCUUGCACUGGUGUUGAUCUUGAACCUCUAUACUUCUCCACUUUUUAGAGCAGUGUCUUGGUUUAUUUAAGUGCUUAACAUCUUCCACCACAAUGGCUUGCCUCUAGGGGAAGGGAUUUAUUAGUCCAUUUGUCCUCCAGUUUUACAGGCAUAAGAGUAGUAAAGCCCUGUUGCUUUACCUAUUCGCUGUAGGUUCAGGUAUACUGGCUAAGGCAGAACCCCAAAUUCCAAGGCUCUAUCAAUAUCAGACCCCUGGUAACUAGUACUGUUCCUUACUCUCACCACUGUGUGGGCCGUUGAUCCAAUGUGAUGACUGAGUAGGGACUCAACUUGUGGGAUGCAGUUUUGCCUUUGAAAAAAAGCUCAUUGAGAAAAUUUUACCAUAAACAAGCAUUUUGAUCAUUUCAUUUCUGGGGAAUGACCUGAGGGAAGCUUUUUAAUAAUUUCAAGCUUUCCUUUUCCUACAACUUUAAACAAAAGCUUUAAUUUCGUUUGCACUCCUAUUUUGAGCUUAUAACUGGAAAAGCAUGUCUUGCACUGUUCAACCUUCUGAGUGGUCACUUUAAACAACCUCCAAAUUGUGUACGGUGGUUAUUUUUCCCACUUGUAUAUUUUUGAAACAUUCAGCUAUACUGUCCUAGUUUUAUUUUAAUGUACUAAAUUAUGUAGUUACUAUUUACUGUUAAGUUCUUUUAAACAACUGUUGCUUUGGACUUCAGUUAUUUAAAAUAAAUUUAGGUGUAAUGUAGAAAACUAUCCCUUUCCGGGUGGGAGUUGGACACCUGUAUAAAUCUUAAGGUUUUGGUAAGUACCUUAGUUGAAGAAAAGCACAAGGGGACCACCUUUUUUAUCCAUCCAACAUGACAUGGAUUUGCAUCUUUUAGGUUAACUUCACCAAAUGAAAAUUUUUCUUACCCAUUUUUAAUACUGUCCUUCCAUAACAUUGUCCUUAGAUUUUGAUCAAUGCAAUGUCUCACUUUGAAACUCCAUUUACAAUGAAGUCUGUUUUCAAUGAAAUGCCAUAAGGUAACAUCCAAAUGUUUCAUGGUUUGUUGGGAAGGUAAUAUUAAAAUAAUAAAGUUUCCAAACAACACUUGUCAGCUAAGGUCAUCCAUAAAAGUCCACAUCUUGGGACUUAUUUUCUCAGCAGAUCUCAUUUUUGUAAUCAUAGGAUUUAGCCAUAUUGUCAUAACUUCGGAGGAGGCCUACUGGAAUACUCAUGGCCUUUAAUAGUCUACUUUCCUUGUUAAAGGAAGGCUUUUUUAAGUAACAAAGUACAUGUUUACAGGUUAACAAAGUAUGAUCCUUAUGCAUCAAAGGGAUAUAACCUCAGAUUAUUUCCUUAGUAGUUGUUAAUGACUCAUUUAAAGUUUCCUGAAUUUCUUUUUAAACUACAUCUAGAGACCCUAAAUGUAUCUACAGUCUUCCAUUAGUUAACAUGAGAAUUUGGCUUUCAUAAUGAGCAUUCACUCUAUUAGAAGGUAGAUUUGCUGUUUCAAAAUUCAAAUUUCUACAGUAUACACUGUAAUCACCUGUCCAUAAGAAUGAGUCGCACUUGUUAAUGCAUGAAUGUUCCGUAACAACAGAGAAUAAAACACUACAGUUCAGUUGUUUGUUUUAAAUCUUAUUAAACUACCUAGCUAAAAUAUGUUGGGAUAUUGCCUUGACCUAUUUGACAGUUGUUAUAUUUUUGGAUAGUAUGAAGGUAUUUAAAAUUCAACACACCACAAAUUAUUUUGAUCAACUAAAACUGACAUGUUACAGGGAAAUCGUAAAUUAGCUUCCUGAGAGAAAACCAUCCUACCCUGGAUUAUAUGACUAACUUAAAUGCUGUAUUAAUAUUGUGUUGUCCUAGAACAGCAUUUCAUAAGUGUUCUUGUCAUCUUCCCUGGCUGUUUUUCAGAAGAGACAUUUCUAUUUUAAUGGGUUGUUCCCACUUGCAAAUUGAUUAUUGUGCAACACUAAAGGAAAUGUGAACAGACAUAUGUGACAUGAAGACUGUACCCACCCCACCCCAGCAGGGUGUUCUGCUAUGUCCCACAUGGACUAGGCUUGGUUCUCACAUAUUCCUGAAAUGAUUAAUUACUUCAGAACAUGAGGUUAUAGAACCUGUUGUUUUACAAGCUCCUUUUUGAUGUACAAGCCUGGAAAUAAUGAUACAAAUGAAUUCAGAGCAAUCAUAUUUUGAAGACUAUUGGGGUGCCAUCAAAAGCCACUAGUUUUGGGGUCAACUUUUUUUGUAAAAUGUUCUUGGGGGAAUACUGAACUUUAAUGGGGCUUGCCUUAAUUUCUAGUAGUUUCAAAAUGUGUGUUGUUAUUCUACUUGUUAAAAUAUUUCUCUAGCCCCAAAGGUGGGUAACAAGUAUAAGUAAGGUUAAAUAAAUAAGCUAAAAAUUGUCACUACAGCUGGACUUUUGAGGAAAAAAGGAUGUGAACAUGAGGCUAUGUGUAAUUUUAAAAUGGCAUUGCACUAUUUUAUGCAUUAUUUUAUAUGCCAUUUCAUAGCCUGCACUUUAAUCUCCAAAGAAAUGAUGUUUGAUGUCCCAGUUGUUCCUUAAACUUUUUCCUAAGACAGGGCACUUGAUUCUAUUUUACUAUAUUAAAUUAGUUUCUUGGAGGCAGAUUUCUUUUUGAGUUCUCUAUUUCCUUAGCCAUAAUAUUUUCUAGGAUCUAGGAACUCCCGAUCUUGUCUAUUUCCAACAGUAUAUAAUUUUAAUUUAAUGUUAUAUAAAAUCUCAUCCUUGGUGACCAGCACAUUCCUAUUUCCUACUCCUGCAAAGAGUACCCAUUUAUUAUCAAAUUCUCUAGAAAUAACAUGCUGUAUGAUUUGAAGCAAGGAAUGCAAUGUUUCUGAAAGGACACAUCCUAUGUGAUGCAGUCUCUUAGAAAUGGUAAUUUCUAAUACAAAAUCCAGUUUUACAUACCCUAUAACUAUUUGGGGUGACUGAAUUCCUUUAACUUGUCCACAAAGGUUAGCAGGUUACAACUACUUGAAAAUAAAUAUUGCCUACCAUCUUAGGAGAAUUAAAAAAAAAAAGUGUACAAAAUGAAAUGAGCAAUUUGUUGACUGCUUGCCUACCAUGAUUUUAAUAGCAAAACAUUUAUGAUAAUUACAAUAGGCAUAAGUAAUGUUGGCCUUUUCCAGCUUCCUACAAAUCUUUAAUUUUGAAAUUCAAAAGUUACGUACAAGUUUUUCCUGUUUUGUCUGAAGAAAGCCAUAGUAUUUUGAAGCAUACUGGUAAUUUCUUAGGUCCAUUGCCAAAGUUUACUGGUCCAUAUUCAAAGCUAUACCAAAAGUUUAGACGUGUUUAAUCCAUUAUGUGGUAUCAUGUCUGUUUACUUAUGCUCAUGAGCAACAAUAACUAGCUUAACCUUCUGGAAUUUUAAUUGUUAUAAUUAAGUUACUUGAAAGUGAAAGAGCACCUCCCGGUCACACAACAGGGUACAUAAAUAAAUGUGUUGUUACCAGUG